AUGACUUCUGCGGAACCCCCGGCGGAAUCAGCGCAUCUGGAAGAGGAUGAAGACGAUGCCCUCAAAACUCUCAAAUAUCACCUGCUUGGGCCUUCGCUGACCAAGGCGGGUCAAGACAAGGUCGACCAAAGCAAGGUUUCGGAGAUUAUUUAUAAUGCAUCCAAGGGGUCCAAGUUUUUCAGCCGCGAAGAAUUCCGAGACAAGAUCCUGACGAAAAAGAUUGACCAAAUCUUAUCGCGCAAGAAGAAGCUGGAACAACAAGACCUGACGCGCGAUCUACGAAAUGCCGACCGCCUGCUUGCGGAGCUCGAGCUCUCCAGGGACCUCACCCAGCACAUCGUGCAUCUUGACUGCGAUGCCUUUUUUGCAGCUGUUGAGCUGCUGGAUAGACCCGAGUUGAAAGAUGUCCCAUUUGCAGUUGGCGGCGGCGUCCUCACCACAUGCAACUAUGUUGCACGCCAGUUUGGCUGUCGGUCGGGCAUGGCCAGUUUCGUUGCCAAGAAACUCUGUCCCCAGCUCAUCCUUAUCAAACAAAACUACCACAAGUACAGUGCAAAAGCCCAGGAAGUGAGGACAGUUCUUGUCAACUACGACCCGCGCUUCGAAAGUGCCAGCAUCGACGAGGCUUAUCUUAACAUCACUGAAUACUGCGAGGAGCAUGGCAUGGAUCCUGCGACAGCGGUGGAACAGAUGAGGAAGGAGGUGCAGGAGAAAACCAGCAUUACAGUCUCAGCGGGCAUUGCAGCCAACGCAAGGCUGGCAAAGAUUUGCUCAAACAUCAACAAACCGAAUGGGCAAUAUGUCCUCCCCAAAGAGAGAAAUGCCAUUAUGACAUUUAUGAGAGAUUUACCAACGAGAAAAGUCAAUGGCAUCGGCCGAGUGUUGGAGCGUGAGCUCUUGGAGAUUGGAGUCAAGACGUGCGGGGACUUGUAUGAUCAGCGGCAAUAUUUGAACAGGCUCUUUGGCGACAAGACAUUUGAGUUUCUCCUUCGCUGCUACUUGGGCCUUGGCCGCACCAAAAUACAGCCUGCUGAAGAAUACGAGCGGAAAAGCGUUGGAACAGAGAGCACAUUCCACGAUAUAUCUGAUCCUACCAAGCUCAGAGACAAACUUCGCUCCACAGCUGAGGCUCUCGAAAAAGACAUGAAAAAGGCCGAGUGUAAGGGUCGCACGCUUUGCAUCAAGAUAAAGCUGCAUACGUUUGAGGUCUAUACACGACAAGUCAUCCUGCCAAAAUCAAUAGAUUUGGCUGAUGAUCUCUACAACUAUUCGUUGCCGAUGCUUGCGAAGCUGGAGCAGGAAAUACCAGGCAUGAAGCUGAGGCUGAUGGGGCUUCGCUGCACAAAUCUCGUCAGCACCAAGAAACCUGACACCAUGGCAUUCUUUGGUUUCAAGCCUCGCCGGCAAGAUGGAGGAGAGUCGAGCAGCAACAGCCCCGUGAAAAGAAAAGCGGGCGAGCUAUUAGAGGGAGAAGAAGAGUGGGAGAAAUUUGAUGAAGAUGAUGAGCAUUUCAUGCAGGGCCUGGAUGAUGGCCUGGGCGAUAUACCCCACGAGCAUGGAGAGGAUGAGGAUGAGGAUAAGGCGCUGGCUGAUCGAAGACAUGGAAAGGAGAUUGUGCCCAACCCAAAGCCUGGAGGCGAAGCUCCGCCGCAGGAGGAGUGGUGGGAUUGCCCAAUAUGUCUCCGGCCCCAGGCAGCAAACGAACGGCAAUUCAAUGAGCACAUCGACCUGUGUCUUUCCAGACAGACCAUUCGCGAUGCGGUUCAGGCUGAUGAGCCAAAGGAUGCGAAGCCCAUCUCGCCUGAUGUGAAUAAACGGCCCAAGCUGACAGAGAAGAAGCGGGGUCGACCGGCCAUUACGGAUCCAAAGCAGAAGAAGCUCACUUUUGGGUAG